GGCAGGGAUGGCAUCCAGACCGCAGGGAUGAGUUCAUCCAAGGGUUUCUUAUAUGGCUUCCUUUUAAAUCUUUUUGAAUGAAGCGGACGCGGACCAACCAUGUGGAUUUGACUCAUCCGUGUAUCUAAAAAAAAUGAUAUUUUUUAAAUUUAAAAAAUGAAGCUGUAAUAUUUGCUGAAAAGUGGUCGAGAACAUUUAGCAAUUAAAAAGAAACUCGAGAAUAAAUAAGGUAAACAAAGUUCAAACAUUGUAUUAACACGUCCUAAAUGAAAAGGAGAUACAAACAUUUAAUUUAGUAUAUUUAUCAUAUUUACAGUUAUUCGCCCCGAAGGCCCUUUGCGUAAACAACCCAUCGGCUGGAUCCGUCUCAGCUGACGAUUAGAGGACUUAAUGCUGCACAGCAGGUGUCCAGUCAAACCUCCUACUGGCUCUAUUGUCUAGAAAUUGAACAUUUGUAGCUUAAUGUUAGGGGAUUUUCUUACAUAUUUGUGAAAAAGUGGACGACCUUUUCCUUCUCCUUUUAGCAAUUAGAGUAAAUCAGAAUACAAAUGAAUCAAUUUCUCAGAAUAAAAUGAAAGUCAAAUUAAUUAGUUGAAAUUGCAUCUCAGGAUUAAAUUGAAAUAAAUAAAUACGACGUAUUCCUUGAUAGUAUUUUUUUUAUUUAUCUUUAUUUCCCCCCCCCGCAAAUUAUUUCCCCAACAUCUCCAAAGUUUACCGUCGGAUCUACACGACGGCUGCCUGUCCCUUUAAGACGAUGUGUUGAGGAGUUCACGUCGGGGUCACUUGAAGUUCCUGCCCUCGAUUUUACCUUUUAGUUUUAUUAUAGACUGACAUCACACGGGGCGCUAAAACACUUAAGGCGCACAGAGGCUCCAUUAUCAUCUCGGUCCGCGUUAUUGGGCAAACUCAAAAAUAGCUAAGGAAAUUAAGAGAUAGAGAAAAAAUAAAAAAAGAAAAGAGAGAAAGAAAAGAGGGGGGGAGAUGAUGCUGUUGCGAGCAUAUAUGAAUAUAUAUGUUUUUUUCUCUUAAAGAAUAAGAAAGAGAGGCGGAGCAGUGAGAGACAGUGGGAGGAAGAAAAAAACGUAGGUGGGAGGGAGGACGGACCCAAGGAACGAGAAGAAAUUCAUAUCAAUUAAUAAUCAUAAAAAAAGAAGAGAGAGAGAGAGAGAGAGCAAGACACAGAGAGAUAGAGAGAGAGAGAGAAAGAGAGCUGGCAGACGCGCUCGGAAAACUGGCAUGGGUUUUUGGAGGCUGGCAGUUGAACACUGAAACGUCAGAUAUGACUCCCAGAUACUGCUGAGAUGAUCAUUAAGGGAGACUUAGAUCGGAUGGCAGAAGACAUCGGGCAUGCAGGUGGUGGACUGAAGACUAUGCUGGAUGCCAUGGAAGUUCCAAGUCAUGCUAGGGAUCUCCUCCUGCAGCUUAACAGCCAGCGCACCAAAGGCUUUCUGUGUGAUGUCAUCAUUGUGGUGCAGAACGCGCUCUUCAGAGCUCACAAGAACAUUCUGGCCGCCAGCAGCCACUACUUGAAGUCCCUGGUGGUCCACGACAAUCUCAUCAACCUCGACCACGAGAUGGUGAGUCCAGCCGUCUUCAGGGUCAUCCUGGACUACAUCUACACCGGGCGCCUAAGUGAGGGAGACCCCACGUCUCCCACUGAACCCAAUCUAGGUGCCGUCUUGGCAGCGGCCAGCUAUCUGCAGCUGCUUGACUUGGUGGCCCUGUGCAAAAAGAAGCUGAGGAGAACUGCGAAGUACCCUCCCCGUCCCGCAUUUUUACCUUACCCAAAAAUGGUGCCCAACAGCAUGGGCUUAGGAGGUGGAGGCAGGUUUAGGGUUUCUACUCCUGUGAUUCAGUCCUGUCCUCCGGGGGGGAUUCUUAACACACCCAGGGCGCCGUCGCUGGAUGAGCUGGUCCCCCAUCGAAUAACCAUCCAUAGCGGUGAGCUGUAUGCCCCCACUUCCAACCAGACCUCUCAGGUGUUCCCAUCUCUGCCUGCUCAGCUGGGACGCCCUGGCCACGCCGAGAGGAACUGCUCCCCCAGCUUCGGCCUCGAUCUUUCCAAAAAAAGCCCCACCUCCCAGUCUCAGCACACACCUUCUCAAACCCAUAUGGCAAACAGUCACAGCAAUGAGGAGAGGGAUGGAACUCUAAGUGGAGCCACUAGUCCCAUUCAAGGGGCAAAUGGGAGAGCUUUUAUGUCCGAAAAGAUGGAGUCUGUCGAACAGGCAGGUUCCCUCACCCCUCCACCUUUUCCCCACCUAAAUCAGCCCUUAGCCCCCCACCUGCCUCAUCUACAUCGCUCAGGUUCCCAAGGGACAGACCGCUACCCAUGCCCCGCCAGCCCUGACACCCCGACAGAAGGUGGAGAGGCAGGAAGAGAAAUGGGAAACAUCUACCGCUGGGUGAAACACGAGCCCCUGCCGUAUGCUGGGGAAGAUGAAGACGAGGAUGAGGAUGAAGAGGAAGGGGCUGAGAACGGGGACCAGCAUCACAAUCAUCACAAGCCAGGGGAGGAGAGCGAAGGCGUGGACGACAAGAGUGGCUCGGGCACGGAGGAGACGGGCAGCAGCGAGGGCCGUCCAUCCCCUACUGGCCCCAUCGGGAGAUUCCACAUGCCGUACGAGCCCGAAAGCUUUGGGGACAAUUUGUACGUCUGCAUCCCCUGCGAUAAAGGCUUCCCGAGCUCAGAGCAGCUCAACGCACAUGUGGAGACGCACACAGAGGAGGAGCUGUACAGCUCUGUUGGGGAGAUGGGGAACAACAGCGGCACCAAAGGCAUUGGCGGCAACACGAAUGGUUACGGAAGCCUCAACAGCGGCAACACUCCAAACAACAUGUCGCAUCUGGAGACCAAAUCUGACCAGGGCCUGAAUUCGGGAACCAUCGGGGAGAUGAUCAGACCUUACCGCUGUUCCAACUGCGACAAAUCUUACAAAGACCCGGCUACGUUGCGCCAACACGAGAAGACUCACUGGCUGACGCGGCCUUACCCCUGCAGCAUCUGCGGCAAGAAGUUCACACAGCGUGGCACCAUGACGCGCCACAUGCGCAGCCACCUGGGCCUCAAGCCUUUCGCCUGCGAUUCAUGUGGGAUGCGCUUCACUCGCCAGUACCGCCUCACUGAGCACAUGCGCAUCCACUCCGGGGAAAAGCCCUAUGAAUGUCAGGUGUGUGGUGGGAAGUUUGCCCAGCAGCGCAACCUCAUCAGCCACAUGAAGAUGCACAGCGGUGGGGGGACUGGAGGUGGCCUGACGGCAGAUGGGAAGCUGAAGCUGGACUUUGCAGAGGGCAUAUAUCCCCUGAGCAAGUACGCAGCAGAGCACCUGGGGCUGAAGCAGGAGAAGGCCAAUGAGCUUCUCAUUCAAGCGCAGCAGCAACUGGUGGCAGACGCAAAGGCCAUCGAGAGCCUCUACCCGCUCACCAAGCUUGCGUCGGAGCAUCUGGGCCUCACCCAUGAAAAGAUGGACAUCCUGGGCCAACCACUUCCCCCUCCUCCCCAGCCAAUCUCUGACAGCCGAACCAUUGACCGCUACUCGCCCAGCUAAGACAUUUGGCAAUCACAGACAGGUCUGCGCGCACUCACAGUUUGCAGUAUUCGAAAGCCAUUCACCUCAACUCCAUAUCUUCCUCUGCACCUCAGACUCAGGCCCGGGUGGAACUGGGCCUGCUCAUGCACACCAAACUGUUUGGACUGUAAGUGCCUUUCUAUGCAUCUAAUGUAUCUUUUUAAAUCCUCCUUCAUAAAGGAGCUCUACUUUCUGUGACCAAGGGACACUCGAAAGAACUUCAGUAUUUAUGUACAGUCUAUGCAAAGAAACAUGUUUCUUUUUCUUAAUUCCAACCAUUGAGCCAUAGUGACUAAAUCAAAACCAAAAGGAAAUUUGUUUAUUUAUUUUUGUAUAUGAUGAAAUCCAAAGAAAACAUGUUGCAGAGAUACUUUGCAAUCUGACCCUAAACCUGUGUACUAUUCAUGUAUGAAAAGAAAAAGAAAAAAGCACAAAAGGAACAAUAUGCAGGACUUCUUUUCAAUAUUCAGAACUUUUCAGGUCUAAACAACAUCAAGAAAAAAGCAACUCACCUGGAUUUUUAUUAUUAUUAUAAUUUUUUUUUGUACAAUCUUGGGGUACGGGAUACUUUGUGUGUCUUGUUUCUUUGCUUGUCUCCCCCUUUUAUGUGAAAUAGCUGAAACACAAUGCAUUUCUCUAUGCCUUUUUUUUCUCCGCUUCCAAGCGAGGGGCGGGGCUUUGUGCGGAUAAAUGCUCAUCCCUUAUGUGACAGCAGCGGUGGCUUAAUCGGCUUUACACCCGGCUUUCAACCACUCUUGAGCUAAAGCUUCCUCUGCAGUGUGACAAAUGUUCCUUUGCUUUCAGCUGUUUUGGAGAUGCACUGAGCAGAGCCCUGUGAUCUCAUGAGUGGGACAUGAUUGCACAUACCCAGCUGAUGACACACUAAUCCCUGUUCAUGACGACUCGCCUGUGUUGGUUUGUGCUUUUGUAGAAACGGAGAGGCAGAGAGGCAUACGCCGGGGCUGAAUUAGUGACGAAGGAGUCUGUCACUGACUGACAGACAUUGUUUCUAUUUUAAUAAUUGAGUGAUGAUCACCAGUGGUCAGAGGCCUCGUUGUGGACGCUUCCUUAGAUUCCAGGGGCUGCAUGAUGGAGCACUGAGCAACACUGAACCUCUCUCCUCCCUCCCCCACCUGGUUACCUCAUUACUUCCAGUCAGUGUAAAGUAACAGGUGUCUAUGUAUAAACUCCAAAUCUUAGAGCAAAACUAUUUUAAUUUUUCUUCUGUAAGUAAGACUUUUUGGUUUCAGUAAUGUGAAUCUGUGACAUUUUUUACUCAGUCUAAUGAUUUCAUGAGUGUUCUCAUUAGCGAUGGAAAUCUUUCGAUUCUAUUUGAUUCCAAUUGUCAUGGUCACGAUUCAAUUCAGAAGAGUUUUUUGAAACGGGAACCAAUUUUUCCACUCACACGGUGUGGAGAUUGUAUUUAAAUGAUUUGCCUGAUAAGAGAAAAAGAUUUAUUUAAAGCAUUUCUUUAAUAUUACAAACCGCAUCAAAUCUAAUCCGUUUGUGUAUCCACACAAAAAUAGGGUGUGUGCAUAAAAUUAAUUUACAUUAGGUUAGCUUAGCUGCCUGGCUUUUUCUUAAAUAAAAAAAAUGGUCCAAGAAUUAUUCUAAAUACUUCCGAGCAGCAUUUAAAACGCACUUUAAAAUCAAGUUUUGAUCAUUUUGAAUCGAUUCAUUAUUCCCAGGAGUAGGAAUUGCGAUUCUUUAUAGAAUAAUUUUUUUUCCUGCACCUCUACUUCAUACUGGCUCAUGGCUUCUCAUCCCUCUCAUUUUUUCAGCAUUGUUGUGGCCCCCUUGCCUUAUAAGCACUCUACCAACUUAGAGGGAUGAUGUUCCCUUUCGCACACAGCAGGCAGCUAAUCUGUCAGCAACACGAUCAGAAGAAAGCAGCCUGUUGUGACUCUUCCCUGAAAAAGCCGGUGGGGUGAACAAGCACUCCCCCAGCUGCUGUCUCCAGUAAAUCCCUGUGAAAUCCCACUUUCUCCUGGACAAUUCACACUUGCUUGCCGGCAUGAUGUCCCAUUUCACGCCUGCCAUCUCACUCUUCUGAUCCACUGUAAAACGUUACAACCAAGCCCCAACUGUCUCCUCUUGCCUCUCUGCCUCUCCCCCAUCAGCCCCGCUCAAGCCAAAGUUUUGAGAUAAAAACUUAUUUCGUGACCGAGGAAUUCUUCCAACUUGAAAACACAAACAGCACUUAAAAAAAAAGUUGUGUUUUGAAGGCACUUUUUUUUUUCUUUGUCUGCAGUUCUUUCUACCAAAGAAUAUGUUGGCCGUUUUUUUCUUUUUAUAGCUAGUCCUUGAUUUAGAUUAGGAAAAAACAAAAAAAUUGACCACUAUAGUGCCAACGCCAACCUCUGGAGGUGAAUGUGAAGACUAAAGCCAUAAAUACACUGUGACAGAAGUAGUUAUUCUGAAAGCCUUAAAGUAAAAAAAAAAAAAAAAAAAAAAAAAAAAAAAAGGCCCCCCUUUUUGGGAUUUUUUUUUUUUUUUUCAAAUGUAACAAUAAUUUAAGGGCGUCUCUUCCAGUAGCAUAUGAUCAUAUCGAGCAUGCUUUAUCUUGUGACUUUCUGUUCUUGUCUUCUUUUUGAUUUGUGGCGCACAUUAAAAUAAGAAAGGAAAAAAACAAACAAACAAA